AAAUUUCUGUAGUUGUGUAGUACUUCUAGGUAUUUCAGUUUUUCUGGUCUUGACUUUUAGUUUUUAAUUUGGUUUAUCAAUAAUAAUUGUUAGCACUCGCGAUCAGCAUUUUCCCCUUUGUGUUGACCUGCUAUAGUUUUUAAAAUUAAUACAAGGUAUUGCGCUUUACACAGUAGUGGUUUCUGAAUCGUAUUGUUCGGAUCCCCCGCUGUAGUUGCGGAUAGAUGCACCCUUGUCGGCACAAUCCUACACUGCACAUCAUAACAUGGCCGCGGAUGAUGAGCAGGAGACUUACAGGCUAUGGCGUGCUCGGAAAACUAUCUUGCAGAUGUGUCACGAUCGCGGCUACUUAGUGGCGCAGCACGAACUUGAUCAGACCAUCGAUGACUUCUCCGAGCACUUCGGCAACAAACCCAGCGAACGGAAACCCGCCAGAAACGAUUUGCUCAUUCUGGUUCAACAUGCCAAUGAUCCGACAGAACAGCUUUUGGUGUUCUGGCCAGAGGAGCCCAAAGUGGGUAUCAAACCGAUCAAAACGUACUUCCAGCAGAUGCAAGAGCAAAGCGUCUCCCGAGCCAUAAUCGUCAUCAAGCAAGGGAUGACACCAAUCGCGAAAUCGGCAUUGAACGAUAUGGCUCCAAAAUACAUCAUGGAACAUUUUACCGAAGCCGAGUUGAUGUUCAAUGUGACAGAGCAUGAAUUGGUUCCCAAACAUGUGUUAUUGAGCCCGGAAGAAAAGCAGGAACUUCUGACCAGAUAUAAACUCAAAGAGAAUCAACUUCCCCGAAUGCAGCUGGGAGAUCCCGUCGCGAGGUAUUUCGGGAUGAAACGCGGCCAGGUUGUGAAGAUCAUUAGAGCCUCGGAAACGGCUGGACGUUACGUCACUUAUCGGCUGGUGAUCUGAAAUUGUGAAUCGUCUGACCGUCGCCAUGGAAAGAUUGAAAUUGUUCCUUGGAAGAUUUUGGUUUGCGGCACACGGUUUACGGUUUUCUAGUUGAUCUACGCGGCUUCGAUUUGGAUUUUGUUUUCGAUGCCGACUUUUUAUGUACACUACCUAAGGGAUACAAUUGUUUGGACAGUACAGAAUAUGAUUAUGUGGUAAAUUAAAACUGCGCAUAUUUCCUUUUGUCUUUCACAUACGUAUCUGCGUCGGUUGUUUUACAGCCGAUAUUUUCUUAUGAUUACGUAUGCAGUUCCAUUUAUCCGAUAAAUCUCCAUGGUUU